GAAUGACCAAACGCACGCGCCGCUCUCCAGGCUCCGCCCACCUUCCCAGACGCUGCCUGGUAGCUGAGGCACACAUUCGUGGAAGACGUUUAUUUCCCCUGAAAAUUAUCUUUAUAGUUUUAUAAUUCAAAAAAUAAAAAUAAAAAAAAAGCUUAGAUAUGAGGAUUGUUUUCUGCUACAGAACACCUCCCUUGGUACAACAAAAAAGACCAGUGUUUACUUUUCAUUAAAAGAACCUGAAAAGGAAACUGGAAGGAACAAAUGGGAAGGUGAGAGGAAAACCAAGAGUGUGUUUAAUCCUGGAAGCCAACUGAGAAUAGAGCCUGCUUGAUAUACCAGCAAAUGAAGAACUGAAGGAGGGUUUAUUUUUAUUCUCCUUAGAAUUGAGGGUCUGCUCUUGGAGCCUUCAGACUCCAUGGGGAAGUGGGAUAAUUGAGUGGACUUUAUGAAUCCUAUAUCAAUGGCCAGAUGGAGGGGCCCAAUUCAAUCUGUAGGCCCAACAAUACAAGAUUAUCUGAAUCGACCAAGGCCCACCUGGGAAGAAGUGAAGAAACAAUUAGAAAAUAAAAAGAAAGGCUCCAAGGCAUUAGCUUAAUUUGAAGAAAAAAUGAAUGAGAAUUGGAAAAAAGAAUUAGAAAAAAGCAGAGAGAAAUUAAUAAGUGAAACUGAAAGUUCAUCCAAAAAGAGAAAGAAAAAGAACAAGAAGAAAUCUUAUCAGUAUUCAUCUUCUUCAUCAAGCUCUGAUUCUUCAAGCAGUUCAGAUUCUGAGAAUGAGGAACAGAAACAAUGAAAAAAGGAAAAGAACUGUUCAUACAGAUAAUCAGAAAGCUCUACAUAUGAAUCUGAAUCAGAAAGCAAGGAAUCUGUAAAAAAGAAAAGUCAAAGGAUGUAACAGAGAAAGAAAAGUAUAUAAGACUCAGAAAAAAAGAAGACUUAUCCUGAAGAUAAACCUUUCUCAUUAGAAUCCUCAUCAGAAUCAGAUUAUGAAGUGGAAGUGCAAGCAAAAAAGAGGAGACAUGAAGAGUGAGAAAAAGCAACAGAAAAAGCAAAGAAGAAGAAACAUCACAUGAAACAUAGUAAGAAGAAGAAAAAGAAGUCAGGUUCAAGUCACAAGUCAGGAUAACAUAAAAAAUUAAGGUUUUCCUAUUUAAAAAAGCAAGCACUUAAGGAAACUUCAACUGUGAAUGUUAGGGCAUAUUUACAAAAAUGCAUGAAUUUCCCUGUGCUAAUAGAAUUAUUCCUGGACUGAGUGUCAGUCAUAUGCCACUGUGCCAGAAAGGGCCAUAAUCAUUGCCUGCAGCAUAAAUAUAUAAUUUUGUUAGUUUGUGUGUUUUUCCUUCCAUUGGUUAAUUCUUCUGGGAGCUAAAACCCUGUUGUUCAUACUAGUAGUUAAGACGUUUGGAAUUGAAUUUAAAUGUUUUAGAUAAUAAUUUGACUCCCCGGAAUGUAUCUUAUUUAAAAGUCUGUAAUUUGGAUACACAUAUAAAAUGUAAUCAGAAAUAUCUAGAUGACUAUAGUUGACAUUUUUGAAGCAUGGACUUAAUGAUGUCUCUAAAUCCUU